GCCAGACAUCAGCCCGACUGGAUCUCCAUCACCCUUCGCCAGGCAGGUAGGAUGUGGCCAGCUGUGCUCCCUCAUCCCCCCGCCGCCUGUCCCCAGCCAGGCCAUUGCCUGUGUCCUACUCCUGUCCCCAGCAUGCCCAGCCACGGCAGUCGAUAUCCCAGCAGGGUCGAGCUGAGUGCGCUGACGGCAUUGCUGAGCAGGGAGCAUCGGCAGCAUCCCUCACCCACGGGGUGCUAGUGGGGACCCCCCUGGCCACAGCAUCCCCAUCGUGCAGCUCUGACCUGCCGGUGGCAAAGUCACGGUGACAAGUGAGCAGCAAGAUUGCGGUGGCUCUGCCACUGCCCUGGCCCUGGGGACACUGGUCCCUGACACCCUGCCGACAGCGUGGACUUUGUGCUGAGUGUGGGAGUGGUGGUGGUGACGCAUCUGUCAGUGCUGGCGGGGCCCCAGAUCGCCUGCCAGACCUGGCCUCGGACAGCAGCUCCAUUGUGGCUCCAUAGUGACCAGAAAGGAUCAGGGACCGCCUGGUGGCCUGGGACAGGACCAGAUGGUGACAGGUCAGUGCUGUGGCUCUUGGGUUGGGGUUUGGGUGCUGCUGCCUGGCACCCUUGGGUGUCAUUGCCCUGUCCUCCCAACAUUCACGUGGAUGGAGCGGGGAGGGUGUGUGCAUAAGGAAGCAGGUCCUUUGACCUAGAAAUCUGGCUUUUCCUGGGGAUUUCCUGGUAGGGCUUGAGGAAAAAAACAUUGGAUUUGAGUCCAGGGCACUACUGGAAGGAGGUUGUCCCCCUCUGAGAAGGGGCCUCCCUUUAAAACUGGGUUUGGCCCCUUGCUGGGUCUGUCUGAGUCCGCCUCGAUGGACUUGGGCAGGGUGGGGAGUGCAGGGGGAGGUGGAGAGAUGCUGGCAGUCUCGCAUGGCAGGGAGAAGGUGCGGGGCUCUGGGGAUCAGCUGGAGCAGACACUGGGACAUCGCCCGUCUCAGCACCCCUGCCUGAGCACAGAGCUGCCAGGAGCUUCAGGGCCACAUCCAGCACCUGUCCUGACUGUGCCAGUGCCCAGUGAGGAGCUGGUGGCACCACCAUGUCCCAGGCAGAAGGAGGUGAGGAGACCUUUGAAUGCUGCGAUGUGGUCGUCAACAGCCAGGAGAAGGUUUCAGACAUGUACAUGCAGCUGGAGAAGCUGGGGGAGGGAAAAUUUGGGAUGGUGUACCGGCUACAGGAAAAAGCCACUGGCAAAAUCCGGGCUGGGAAAUAUAUCCGGACACGGACAGCUAAAGAGAAGCGGGCAGCUUUGGCAGAGCAUGGCAGGUGGGGAGCUCUUUGAGCGCAUCGUGGAUGAUGACUUCGAGCACACAGAGCCCAGCAGUGCCCAGUACAUGCAGCAGAUCCUGGAGGGGCUGCAGUUCAUGCAUGGCCAGGCUGUUGUCCACCUCGACCUCAAACCGGAGAACAUUCUCUGUGUCAGCCCUGGCAGCCACUGGCUCAAGAUCAUCGACUUUGGCUUGGCACGGAAGCUGGCUCCAGACACCCCCGUGAAGGUGUUGCACGGCACCCCUGAGUUCAUGGCUCCAGAAGUGGUCACCUUUGAGCCUGUGGGCUUCUCCACGGACAUGUGGAGUGUUGGCGUCAUCUGCUACAUCCUGCUGAGUGGGGAGUCCCCCUUCCAGGGGGACAACGACAUGGAGACACUGAGCAACGUCACAGCUGCCCAGUGGGACUUUGAGGAGGAGACCUUCUCGGAGAUCUCCCAGCAAGCCAAGGACUUCAUUAGCCAGCUGCUGCAGAAGGACCCCCGCUGCCGCCUCUCCAGCGUGCAGGCUCUGCUGCACCCCUGGCUGCAGCAGCCCCAGCCCAACAGCAUGAAGGCAUUGUCAAAGGAGAGGAUCAAGCAGUUCCUGACGCGUCGAAAGUGGCAGAAAACAGGCAAAGCCCUGCUGGCCCUCAACAGGUUGAUGCUGCUGUCCCAGAGCCCGGAGAGGAAAGAGUCUGGGGCUCAGGAUGAGGAAGACACAGGCUGCAGCCAAGCAGAGGACCAAGCCUCCGGGUCUCUGCCCCAACAAAUUCCCAGCUUCUCGGAACUGCUGACAGACCGAGGGGAGGAGGAGGAAGGUGGGAGUGCUGCAGCCGCAAGGGAGGUGGAGUGUCAGCAUGGCUGUGCCAAGCCUGUCCUGGACCACCUAGAAUAGGUGGGGAGAGAGGGGCAGGGAGUGAUGGGGAUGAAGCCGCCUCCAGAAGCUCACAUGAUGACCUGGCUAGCUCGGGGCAGCCCCAGACCCCAGGGAUCCUCUCCAAUGGGUGGGCUCUGGGGUCCCACGGUGUCCCCAUGCUGGUGUGGGGACAGCCACGCUUGCCUCCAGCAAGGAACCAGUGCUUCUGUCUGCUUGAGCCUGAGCUGGCACCAAUAAAGCACCGAGGAUCUCUGCA